UGUGGAGACAACUUCGGCCGUUCAAAGUUGAGGUUUUGUCACUUGAAAGCUGCAUAGGCUAUCCUUUUUUUCAUAAGCGUCUCACACCAGAUUUUUAAAGCUAAUAGGCCUACAGUUGUUUAUGUAAGAUUACUGAUGUAGCAUCCAUGUUUCUCACACAUUCCGACGGCAGUUGAGCACUUGCUGUGGGAAAAACAAAGCAAUCACGGGACCGGGCCCUGAUAUUCCCAGGUGGCAUGAACGGACCAUUUUGUUUCGUGUUGUAGAAUCCCCUGUGCUGCAGGCAGCAGCCCCUGCACCCGCUGAGCGUGCGCUAUCUAGACUAUCGGCAAGAGCUUGAGACACUUUCCACGACCGUGGGAAACCAAAUCGGCUAUCACCUGCCCGGCUUUUCUCUUCCACAGAGUUUCCUCUCCUCAGUGCUCUCUCUCUUCGCCCCUUCCGUCUGUCCAUUAUGACCCAAACGCCGCCCUCGGUCCUCGCCUUCCUGGAGAGGGCCAAGAAUGUCAAGGACGAGGACAAGAUGCACCGCUUCGAGGGUCGCCUCUACCCCACCGUCGUAAGCCCUGCCGUGAACCUGGAGGCCCUUAGGACCAUGGAGGCGCGGGCUGACGACGUGAUGCUGGUGGCCUAUCCCAAGUGUGGAUUCAACUGGGUAGUGGCAGUGCUGCGGAGAAUCAUAGCAGCCUCCAGCGGCGUUAAGGACUCCUCAGACAUUACUCAACUGAUUGAGUUCCUCACACCAGAGGGACAGAAGGGAAUGGCUGGACAGCCCUCUCCAAGGAUUAUUGGGACACAUCUGUACCAUGAAAUGAUCCCUGCGUCUUUUAAAGAAAAGAAAGCUAAAGCGCUGGUUGUGUGGAGGAACCCAAAGGACACUGUGGUCUCCUACUUCCACUUCAUGAACAAGAACCCAGUGCUGCCCAAUGUGGAGUGGAACCAGUUCUUCUCAGACUUCAUGAGUGGAGAAGUCGGCUGGGGUUCAUAUUUCGAUCAUGCUCUUGCCUGGAAUAAGCAUAUGGAUGAUCCAAAUGUAAAGAUUGUUACAUUUGAGGAGUUGAAACAGGACCUGAGUGAAGGCAUCAGGCAGAUCUCCCAGUUCUUUGGCUUCCCGCUGACUGAGGAACAGGUCCAGUCCAUUCACUCAGAGAGCACCUUCAGUGCUAUGAGUGCCAACAGUGUGCUUGGGCAGAACAUGGGCAGUGUCCUCUUCAGAAAAGGUGAGGUGGGCGACUGGAAGAACCACUUGAGUGAGGCCCAGAGCCAACAGAUGGAUGAGGAGUUCAACAAGACACUAGCAGGAACCAAACUGGGGGCCCUGCUCAAAUACGACACCUACUGCAAGUAGGGAGGAAAUAGCCACAAGCUACCUUACAGGAUGUGUAUUCUUAAAUGUUAAAAUAUUGUUGUUUCAAAACGCAAAGCAAAGGUGAAUAGCACCAAAAUAAUAAUAAUAAAAAUGUUUGUAAUGAUAUAUUCUGUGAAGGCUUUCCACAAGGUUUAGAAGUGUGUUUAUGGGCAUUUUUUACCAUUCUUUCAGAAGCGCAUUUGUGAGGUCACACACUGAUGUUGGACAGGAGACUGGCUCUCAGUCUGUGCUCUAAUUCAUCUCAAAGGUUCUGUUGGGUUGAGGUCAGGACUCUGUGCAGGCCAGUCAAGUUCAUCCACACCAAACUGUCAUCCAUGUCUUUAUGGACCUUGCUUUGUGCACUGGUGCACAGUCAUGUUGGAACAGGAAGGGGCCAUCCCCGAGCUGGGCUUGGCCUCUUACUUCCAGCGAAAGAGAUUUUGGACAAUUCCAUGCUCCCAACUUUAUGGGAACAGUUUGGGGAUGGCCACUUCCUGUUCCAACAUGUAUACCAGUGCACCAAGCAAGGUGUGUGAUUUCACAAAUGUGCUUCUGAAAGAAUGGUCAAAAAUGCCCAUAUACACACUUCUAAACCUUGUGGAAAGACUUCAAUGAAUUGAAUCUGUUAUAGCUGCAAACGGUGGACCAACGUAAUAUUAAGCCCUAUGGAUUAAGAAUAGGAUGUGACUGAACUUCAUAUGGGGGUCAAGGCAAGUGACUCAAUACUUUUGGCAAUAUAGUGUAUGUAAGUACCACUCUUUACCACUAGACGGUGGUGUGACAUGCAUUAAGAAGCACAACACACACACACACACACACACGCACACCGAGUUUUCCACGUCCCAUGCCCAAUUAUGUAUUAUGUCCAAUAUUUCAAUAUGUGGUUUAAAUGUUUUGCAUUUCUCAAUGUGACUCUAAAGAUGUGUUCCUAUGUCGUAACCCUGUAAGAUAUCUGUAGUGUGUGAAUUUAUAUCCUUUGCUGAUGUGUACUUUAACCCUAACUAUUUUCUAGUCAGAGCAGCUGAUGGAUCUGUAGGUGAUGUCAUGCUGUCUCUACCUUGAUGCACAAUAUAGCAUACAUGUUUUACAUUUUAUAUUCUUCAUAACAUUAUGACACAUUAUGCAUACUUUUGCCAUCAUUAAAGACAACUUAAUU